AUGUGUUCCAGUGGUGGUCCAGACAGCUCUGGCCAUGGGGGCAGCCGGUCAGGCUCCUCGUAUGCCCUGUGUGCCCUGGGGGUGGGGCUCAUAGCCCUGGGCAUCGUCAUGAUCGUGUGGACUGUGGUGCCCAGCGAUGCUUCCCAGACAACCAAGGCUCUGGGCAACUUCAGUGUCACUGUGCCAGUGGACCAUGCUGGGUAUGACGAGAAGGACAGGGAAACAGCGAAGACCUCAUCAAUAGCCUAUGUGCUGGUGGGGGCGGGGCUGGCCAUGCUGCUGCUGUCCAUCUACCUGGCGGUGAGGAACAAGCGGAGGGGGUGCCAGAGAGGACAGGAGACACGGGCCGUAGGUGUCCCCUUUGUGGACCAUGUUGGCUGGGGAGGCAGGAGAGACGUGAGUGCUUCAAUCGAUUAGAUAAUCACUGUCUCCCGAGUGGCGCAGUGGUCUAAGGCACUGCAUCGCAGUGCUAGCUGUGCCACUAGAGAUCCUGGUUCGAAUCCUGUCGUAGCCGGCUGCGACCAGGAGACCCAUGGGGCGGCGCACAAUUGGCCCAGCGUCGUCCAGGGUAGGGGAGGGAAUGGCCGGCAGGGAUGUAGCUCAGUUGGUAGAGCCAGGGUUGUGGGUUCGAUUCCCACGGGGGGGCAGUAUGAAAAAAUAAUGUAUGCACUAACUAACUGUAAGUCGCUCUGGAUAAGAGCGUCUUCUAAAUGACUUAAAUGUAAAUGUAACAGUGACUGAUUUUAAUCAUCCAAGAAGGUGUUCAAAGAGGCUUCGUUUUCACUAUUAACCCAUAUGACUUAGUUUCUAGGAUGAUGCCUGGAACAUUGAUUGACAGUUGUUAAAGCACCAGUUAAUCUACACUGAGUGUACAAAACAUUAAGAACACCUUAAUAUUGAGUUGUCUUGCCCACUCACCCUCCAAAUGGCGCACAUACACAAUCCAUGUCUCAAUUGUCUCAAGGCUUUAAAAUCCUUCUUUAACCUGUCUCCUCACCUUCAUCUACACUGAUUUGAAGUGGAUUUAACAAGUGACAUCAAUAAGGGAUCAUAGCUUUCACCAGGAUUCACCUGGUCAGUCUGUCAUGGAAAGAGCAGGUGUCCUUAAUGUUUUGUACACAAAACUAGCACCAAAUGUCAAUACCAGUAGUAAUUAAGGAAUAAAAAUCCAUGAGAGAAAAAAUAUAUAUAUUACGCUGUGCAACACUGCAAAGCUUUUUACCACUAUUGGCUGGUGUGGCCAGUUGUGUGUACAACUUCCUGCAUUACAAGUGGCUCUCCUUUGUGAGGUUGACAACAAUGGCAGAAACAUAUAAUUACAAAAGCUCUUAUUGUCCUGGCAAUGGAUGUUUUGGGGAUUAUGAUCAGUUAAGAAGCAGUACUUAGCUAUUUUAGGCGUUUCUAGUAUCCUUAAAAAAACCAUGAAGAAAUAUAAAUGAUAGCUGAAAUGUUGCUCUUUUUUUUUACCGCCGUCCCUGUACAUUGUUUUGCAGUGCAGAGGAGCCAGCACCAGCCUACGACGUGCCCAGCUAUGAGGAGGUGGUCACCAGUGGCCAGUACCCCAUACGUCAGAGCAACUUACGCCAUAGCACCUCUCAGCUGCCUUCGUACGAAGACCUCAUCAGUGCUGUGGAAAAAGAGGGGGAGGGCCCAAGAGCAGUCAUUUCAGAGGAUGUUCUUCCCACCACUCCGGCCCUGGCGCCCCAGCCCGCCCCCGCCGCUUCAGCCAACCCCCCCACACGCAGCAGCAGUCGGACCAGCCGGCUACUACGGCCACUAAGGGUACGCAGAAUCAAGUCAGAGAAACUCCAUCUGAAGGACUUCCGUUUUAAAGUCUGCAACCCUACUGAUGUGAAGGUGACCAUUGAACCCAUCACGCCGCCACCACAGUAUGAUGAUAAGAUGCCUGAGUUCUGA